AUGCGUUCGGCUUUGGCAUACGUAGCGCUUGCGGCAACCUUCGUCCAGCAAGCUGUGACUGCGCCGACGGUUGGCCUUCCAGCACACGGAAGCAAAAAUGUCCACUGGGUAGAUACCUGGGCUACUAUGCCACAACUUACAGAAGUUGGCAAUCUUCCUCCUGCUCCAUACACCCAACCUGACUCUGUUUUCGUUGACUCGACCGUUCGCGCGACAUUCCAAGUGUCAAUCCCAGGGAAAACCGUCCGUCUCAGGUUCACGAAUGUAUUUGGCGCCACGGACUUGCCAAUCGAUGCUGUGACCAUUGCUCUCCCUAAUGGCCCAGCGGGCACCCGCGCGAUUCAUACCCAGACACUUCAGAAGGUCACAUUCAGUGGCAAGACCUCGAUCAUAAUUCCCAAUGGUGCUCAAGUGGUCUCAGACCCAAUUCACUUUGAGGUCAAGGCCAGGCAAGACGUUGCUGUCACCUAUUACACGGCAGCCGGCCAAGCCGGCAACAGCAUCACCUCCCACCCAGGGAGUCGUGUCACGAGUUGGUACUCGCGUGGUAACCACGUCACCGCUGCCAACUUGACGGAUGCUUCCGUUGCAAGCUCCGAGCAUUGGUACUUCGUAAGUGCCCUGGAAGUCGACGACUCCCUCGGCAGCACCUUCGCCAUCGUCGGCGACAGCAUCACCGAUGGCCGCGGCAGCACCACCAACGGCAACAACCGCUGGGCCGAUCAGCUCUCCCUUCGUCUCCUAAAAGACCGACGCACAGCGCAUAUCGGUAUUGCCAACGAGGCAGCUGGCGGCAACCGCGUGCUUCACGACGGCCUUGGACCUAACGCGCUUGGUCGUAUCGACCGCGACGUGCUGGCGCAACCAAACGUCAAGUAUGCUAUGAUUUAUGAGGGCAUCAAUGAUAUCGGGACAGGCAAUUCCACGACCUCCGUCGCUGAGCAGCUCGAGACGUCAGACCGACUGAUCUGGGCAUACCAGCAGAUGGCGGAGCGAAUCCACGCGGCAGGGAUCAAGGUAUUCAUCGCCACUAUCACGCCGUUCAACCACCCAGCCGACCAGUUCCAGCCUGUGUGGGACGCGGAGAGAGAGAAGACGAGGCAGCGCGUGAACAAGUGGAUCCGCGAGAAUAAGGUGUUCGAUGCGGUGCUGGACUUCGAUAAGGUUGUCCGAGACCCAGAGCAUCCGAAUGUAAUGCAGGUGCGGUAUAACUUUGAUGACUUCCUACAUCUCGGUGUUGAGGGUUAUCGCGCGUUGGCAGACUCUAUCCCUCUCUCUAUAUUCUCGUAGGGUUGAGGUUUAAAGGCGAUAGUAAAGUUGUAUUUCUUAUAUAGAGUGCACAGUCUCUCCAGCAUGGUGGGAUCAAUAUACUACAAUAAUAUUUUGUGUGUGUGUGUGUCAAGCAUAUGUACCGAUGAACUAUGGACGAAUGCCAUUGCAUGUCUCAAGCUCCAUGCUUCAAGAAGCUUCUUGACGUCUUGUGAGAAAGGGCCCUUCUUUUCCCCGCAAACUCUGAGUUUUGCAAGGGCCUUCUCGGAAAGCCUAAAUUUCACAAGGUACGAAUGAAGCAUAACAAGUCCGGCGAAAAGUUAUAUGAUGCAACAUAGCCACAGCACAGCGUAUUCGCAUAAAAAUGCGUACCCCGCAUUUUCUAUACGAGUACGCUGUGGGUUAACACUAACAUCGAAUUCGAUUGUCAUAUAAAUUGCUCUGCCAUAUAAAGAAGGUGCUUUUAUAGUACUGUGCUUCUCAACAUAUUACCCAUGUCCGGACGCCCGUGACAUGGCACUUGUUAAAGUUGCUACCCGGCUCUAUCCCAAAAAUUCCGGAGAAUAAAACUUCCAUCGAGUUACGCUCGUUCUAGGCACUUGUGUAGCUCAAACAGGGUUUCCCAUGGCGUCGACUCGGGUUAUAUCCCGGUUUGGCUAAACGGGACAAAACCAACAAUAUAUAUCCAUGCAGGGAAGACGACACGGACUUAGGCUAUUAUGGACCCGACUUAAGCCUUUCUAAUGCCAUGCGGGGGUAAACCUUGUAUUGAUGCUGUCAGAUUCGGCAAUGCCAAUGAGAACUUUAACAACACGGAGAGCCGGUAAGGGGCAGCAAGUCGACCAGAGCCAAGGUUGUCAGCAGAAAACAGCCUGUUCAUUUACAGGUUGACAUUCAGACUGACGGCCAAGACCGUUUGCCGCUGGACCGUAAACAAGGUCAUGUUGAACGAGCAUCAUUCUCUGCUUCCAAUUGAAAAAAUUGACGUUGGGUUAAUUGUAUAGACUGUCAUGAAUAGGACCUACCAGUGCUAAACAUCUUGCUCAACAAGCCUCAGCUAAAGUAAAACGAUGAUGUGUUAGCCUUCAACACCCCAGAAGCUCCUGCCC